AUGUCGGGUCGCAGGCAACAACAAGAAGAGCAAGGCCUAGGUUCUUUCAUCAGGACUGCCCUUCAAGGUUUGGCCUUUUUCGUCGCAUCCCAGUUCCUUUUUUCGCAAAUACUCGGGACGUCAAAAUCAGGACAAAAUAGCGGAAAUGUCGGUUCUGUUUCUGGGGGAAAUGCGGCCAUUCCAGCGUUCACGGACCGGCCGGACAUCCGUAGCAUUCCGAACGCGACUAUCGUCCCUUACAAGGUCGCACCGAUAUGGCCUAUGAAUAGCUCUGUAGACAUCUCCAUUUACGUCUCGCCAUCUACCAGCAUCCAGUCGCUGGAUACUCUCCCAGAGGACGCAAAAGUGCUCGAGGAGAAGAAUUUUACUAUCGGUGAUUGGGAUGACACUAGGGAAAUCGUGACGAGCUUCAAAGUGCCGAAAGAAGUGCAACAAAAUGGGACGCUAUGGGCGCAUUUUUACAUGUCGCUUAGUGGACAUCCAUUGAAUCCAAACGACAAGGGUUAUAGCUCUGCCAAUGCUGUUUACUUCUGUCGCCUUCUGAACCACUAUUUGCCUAAAAAGAAAGUGAAGAAGCUAAAAAAUCUGCUUAGCGCAGAUGAAGCAGAAGACGAUGAGGUACUCCCACAAGGGAUUCAAAUAGGGUCGUUUUAUCACCCUAACUUCACCCUCUCGGUCAUCCCGGAUACCGGGAUUGUUACUUUGCCCUCAAUGGCUCCAGCUGCGCGACAAUAUCUCCAGCUUGAAACAACAGGUGCGAGAGAUGCCACUGGCCAGAAUGGAUGGUAUUAUCCAAUCCUUUUCGUCAAUACGUUUUGGCAGUUGAAGAGCCAUAUGAUUGAACUAAAUUCCACUGUUGAAACCUUGCCCCUCCAUAUCACGUUAAAAAACUUGCAGAAUUGGAAAUUCACACUGCUGGCCAACAUUGACGAGAGCACAAAGCAAAAUCAAAGACAAGCUGCAAGUGGGGGGCCCUUCCCUGCUGGUGGUGAUGGAAGCGAAUUCGAAACUUUUAAGGAGAUCUUGUUGGACACUAAUAGCUAUCUUUUGGCUACCACAUUCUUCGUCAGCAUCCUCCAUAUGAUUUUCGAAGGGCUUGCAUUUAAGAAUGAUAUUUCUCACUGGCGUCAGAAGAAAGAUUCAGUUGGCACUUCUCUUCGCACCAUUCUUGCGAACGUCUUUAUGCAAACCGUCAUUUUCCUGUACCUUCUCGAUAACAGCGAGGGCACCUCUUGGAUGAUUCUCGGGGGACAAGCUUUUGGCAUUGUCCUGGAAGCAUGGAAGAUCACCAAGACCGUUGAUAUUAGACUUCGUCGCCCACGGCCGGGAUCGGCUUUCUCGUUUCUGCCAUACGUUGUUGUCUUUGAAGAUAAACACAAGCUCAGUGAGACAGAACAGAAAACGAAAGAAUAUGAUGAAAUAGCUUUUAGGUAUCUUUAUAUUCUCGCGGUCCCAUUGCUGGCUGCAUAUGCAGUUUACAGCCUUAUGUAUGAAGACCAUAAGUCAUGGUACUCCUUUGUGAUCGAAACCUUGGUGGGCAGCGUCUACGCUUACGGAUUCCUUAUGAUGGUACCCAGCCUCUACAUUAACUACCGUUUGAAGUCUGUCGCACAUAUGCCCGGAAAAGCGCUCACGUAUAAAUUCCUGAACACAUUUAUCGACGAUCUCUUCGCGUUCACUAUUAAGAUGCCUACUCUCCAUAGAAUCGCCACACUUAGAGACGAUGUUAUCUUCUUUAUUUGGUUGUAUCAGAGCUACAAAUACAAAGUUGACUAUACCCGUGUCAAUGAAUUUGGUCAGGGUGGAGAGGCGGAAGAAAAUGAAGAAACCAAACCCGAAGAACAACCAAAGUCUCUCAAGGACUCUGAACCUGUUACUGCUUCAGAGCCUGAAACAAGUACAUUAGGAACUAAAACAACAACGGAAUCUGUUCGCAAGCGGAAGUAA